AUGCGAAUCCCAUCGCCGGCGGCCAAACGCGCCGACGGCACCGCCAUCUGGGCCACCCCGCACGACAGCUACUCGUCGUCGGUCGGCGUCCUCGGAUGCAAGAUCAACACCGACCGCGUGGCCUACUGGCCGCAGCCCGUCGACUGCGACGGCAUCUGCGUGUCGGUGCGGUACCAGGACCGCCAGGUCUACCUCCUGCGCGUCGACCAGUCCGGCGGCGCCCACGACAUGAGCUACGACGCGUGGAACUACCUCUACACGGGCGAGCCGGCCACCGAGAAGCCCGCGGCGGGCGGCGCCGUCGAGAUGCACUACACGCCCGUCGACGCGUCCCACUGCGCGCCGCUCAUCCACACGGAGCACCACCGGCUGCCCUUGAGCGCCGCCAACAGCAUGAACUUCCUGGCCAGCUGCCUGGAGCGGCCCGCCAGCUGGGUCGCCAGCAACUACGUCCUGUUCAACAUUGACGACCCCAUCUGCACGCUGGGGCUGGACGAGCAGUGCAGCCUGGACUGGCCGGGCGCCAACCAGCCGUCCUGCCCGCACGUCCUGGGGGAGCAGACGGUGCUGAGGGACGAGCCCGUCUACAACAUCCAGUACCCGAGCGGGAAGAGGGUGCUGGCGUCGUCGGGCGCGUCGGGCGCGCCUGUCCCGGGCAGCGGCGGCAGCGGAAAGGACGAGGAGAAUGCUGCUGCUGCUGCUGCUGCUGCUGUCGCGAGGGGGCUGCUGCGGGGGAGGCAUGGCGGGCGACUUUUGCUGGGCAUGGUGAUUUGCGCUCUUUUUGCUGCAUAG